AUGAACAUGGCAGAGCAGGCGGCAUGGGAUGUUGCGAAGGAGAAAGGGGUGGACCUAGUGGUGGUGAACCCGGUGCUGGUAGUCGGGCCACUGUUGCAACCCACUGUCAAUGCCAGCAUCAUUCACAUUCUCAAGUACCUUAACGGUUCCACCAAGAACUACACCAAUGCCGUCCAAGGCUACGUGCAUGUGGAGGACGUGGCACGGGCCCACAUUCUGGUCUACGAGACUCCCUCCGCCUCCGGCCGCUACUUAUGCGCCGAGAGGGUGCUUCAUCGGGGAGAUGUGGUGGAAAUUCUGGCCAAGUUCUUUCCGGAGUAUCCCAUUCCCUUGAAGAGCAAGGAUGAAACAAAGCCGAGGCUGAAACCAUACAAGUUCUCGAACCAAAAGCUGAAGGACUUGGGUUUGCAGUUCACGCCGGUGGAGCAGGCAUUGCAUGAGACAGUCAAGAACCUGCAAGAGAAGGGCCACCUCGCAGUACCCAUGCAGAAUGAUGAAUCUAAUCUCCGAAUCCAGUCUUAA